AAAUAUCACCUUCACAGAUCUUAGAAAGUUGCAGACUUGGAAGUUUAAGAUCUACAAUGGCAGAAGUGAAGCUAUUUGGCUUUUGGGGAAGUCCUUUCAGUAGCAGAGUACAGAUGGCUCUAAAACUAAAGGGUGUCUCUUAUGAAUACAUUGAAGAAGAUCUUCCUAACAAGAGUCCUUCGCUUCUCAAAUAUAACCCAAUUCAUAAGAAGAUCCCUGUGCUCCUACACAAGGAAAAGCCCAUUGCAGAAUCCCUCGUCAUACUCGAAUACAUCGAUGAGACAUGGGAAGGUUAUAGCAUAAUGCCUGAAGAUCCUUAUGAGAGAGCCAUGGUCCGCUUCUGGGUUAAAUUCUUAGAUGAGAAGUUCUUAGGUGCAGCAUGGAAGGCUUGUUGGGGUGAAGGGAAGGAACAAGAGAAGGCCAUGGAAGAUGCACAAGAGGUCUUGACAACACUUGAAAAUGAGCUCAAAGGGAAGAAGUUCUUUGGAGGAGAUAAUAUUGGGCUUGUGGACAUUGCAGCUAACUUUAUAGCAUUUUGGGUUGGAGUGAUUCAGGACGUGGUAGGAAUUAACUUAAUAGAGGAGGACACAUUCCCUACCUUAUUCAAAUGGAGUGAAGAAUUCCUCAGUUGUGAAGUUGUCAAGGGAUGUCUGCCCCCAAAAGAUAAACUAUCUGCUUUCCUCCUAGCUCGCAAGGAAGCUAUAACUGAAGCAGCCAAAUCCAUAGUUUACAAAUGA